CAACGCUUUGACCAUCAACCACCAAGAACCGCCUAAACUUUACGAUUUAAAGUUCGACGAUUGCAAUUGAAAUGAGAGACUCUAUGUACCUGCCGGCUCUUCUCGACGCCUUCGACGGCCAAAUGCGAAAUACGGUGUCCCCCUGCAGAUGGCAGCGCCGAUCUCGGGCCUGUGCGAUCCCAGAAACGGCGUUGCCUGGCUUGGACGGCGUGUAGCCUCAGAUCGCUCCCAUCUCCCACCUCCUGCUGGGCUGUUGGCUGUCUCGCUGUCGGGCCUUUGUUUGUGCUCAAGUGGGAAAAGCGGCCUCGCACCCGUUGGAUCUUCGCGAGGCGUACCCAGCGGCUGCCUCGCACCCUGGUCUGGCAUUCUUCUGCCAUUGGCUUCCCAGAGACGCUACCGAGUGGCAAACACCUCUGGCACACUCGACAGUCGUGUGCAUCAGGCUUCCCUGCACGGAUUGGGUACCCGCAUGUCGGUGUCCUUGUCCGACAUGAAAACGCUCUGGCUCCCUUCUGCCCAGGACUAGACUAAAUCUCCGUGUGCUAUUUUGGUGUCCCCCAUCACUGCCAGCGCACCUGUGCGUGACCAGACUCUGUGGCCAGGGAUCCAGCAGAGCAGCCCCGCUGCCCUUCAGCCGCAUCAUCUCUUUGACGCCAGCCGCAGCCUAGCCCUCUUCCUCCCCCCUUGGCAAGAUGAGCUUGUCUCCACCGUUGCUGAUCUUUCACGCAAUUCGGUGAGGGCAUCGCGUCCUAGAGGACGAAAUGUGCUAUCCCAGCCAGGGGUGUGCACGGUCACGAAGAUGGGCGGCUUUCAGCCCCUUGGCCGUGCAGCCAGUAGGAUUUUCACGCGCCUCACCCUCCGUGGCAAGCUCUGAACGGCUAGGCUUCCCAAGGGCCCUCUGUUCCAACGCUACAGGCAACACGGACGAGGAUAUAGGGAGGGUCUUCUCCCACUUUGCACCCCGAGACCACUUCUUUCCCCGCCACGCCCGUCGUCCUACAGCACAACGAACCAGUGACCCCGCAAACAAGUCCGAACAAGUCACUCACCUGUGAACGCGGCAAACAACUCGAUCAAGAUGCUUAGGACCGUCGCACUCGUCUGCCUCGCUGCCGUUGGCGCACUCGCCGAGGACUCUUUCGACGAGCCCUCCCACGGCGUCGCCACGCUCUCCCAGCUCUUCGGCUCAGAGGGCUCGUCGCCUCUCCAUAUGCGCCAGUCGACGUCAUGUGCUGCUGGAAAGGUCGUCUGCAACACCGGUUGCAUGCCCAGCGGGUCCACCUGCUGUCCUGGGAGCGGUUUUUGUGACUCCGAUCAGUACUGCACUACCCGAGGCACUUGCUGCCCGCUUGGCAAGACUUGCAAGCCGGCCACUAGUUGUGAUCCUGGCUUUGAGCUUUGCAAUGCCGCCUGCAUGCCCUCGGGUGGCGUCUGCUGUUCUUCGGGUGGCUACUGUGAUGCAGGCAAAGUCUGCCUUGCCGGUAACAAGUGCGGCCCUGGAAGUGGAGGUAGCGGCAGCGGCAGCAGCACCACUGCCGGCGGCGGCAGUGGCAGUGGCAGCAGUCCAUCGCUCAGCACCUCCCGUCGUACCACGCCGACCAGCUCAGCUUCGGCCGGUAGCGGCAGCAGCAGUGGCAGCGGUAGCGGCAGUGGCAGCGGUAGCGGCACCGGUUCCGAUACCGGAUUUGGCGCUCCUGCCAGCCCGACUCCGGCCGGCCCUGCCCCUCCGCCGGCGGGCUUCACCAACUCGCCCACCCUCCCGGUGCCAGGCCAGAACGGCGGUUCUUCGCAGAGCUCAGCCUUCCACCAGCGCCCCCUCGGCGGCGCCUCUUUACUCAUCGCGGCGGGAACUGCCUAUGCUGUCGUUGCUUUCUUUGGCUGAUGGACUACCGAACUUCCCCAACGCACAGCCGUCGAGCCUCUGCAUUGGAAGGAUGGGCAACUUGCCACCAAUCUAUAGUAGCCACCCUAUCUUUGAUCAACACGUCACAAUCGUCACUUAGCCUUUCUCUUCUGCGCGGCUCCCAGCCUCUCAAGUCACAGUCAACAUCACCUACUUUCCCCAAUGUGCCCUCUUCAACAGUUACGACAGAUAGUCUUUGAGAAUUAGUCACCGCAGCCUCUUUAGAAUAAAAUUCUUCUAAUUCCUAGUUAUCCAUCGCUGCCGUCAAUAUGGCGCUCGGAUUUACGAAAGUAUACUACUUGCAUACUUGGAAUUGCCCAACUAUGCUUUUAUCUCGGAGACAAGUU